ACUUUUUUAAUUAGUCGUUCAAUUUGGCAACCCUUAACGCUGUAACGCAAUUUUUUAUAUGGAAUGGCAAAUAAUAAUUUUUCACUCAUUUUUUUCUGAUUUUCCCUUUCCGCCUUUGGUUUAUAAUUAAUUUAUCUGAACCGCUGAUUUUUUAUAUAUCUUCCAGUCUUUGUGGUUGUAUUUAACUUAUGUGUUGUAUACAUGUAUUUGUUGGUAUGGUUGUAGAAUAUAUGAUGAUGUGAGUGUGUAUCAUAUUCUUAAGUGAGUGAACGGAUAGUAAAAAACAUUGCAAAAGAUUUAUUUAUUUUCAAAGCGGCAGCAUCUAAAAUAUUCAGGGGCAAAGUAACUUUGUAAUUGUAGCUAAAAUUUUGUUGCUAAAAGAAUUACAUUUGGUGGAUAGUUUGGAAUUUAUGCCAGAAAAAAUAAUAACCUGUAAAUAAUCAUUUGCAAAUUUUGUCUUGAGUGAUGAAAGCUUUUAAAUAAAAAAAACCUUAGAGAUGAUUAUUAUACCAGUAUAAUGCAGAAUCUUACGCAAAUUUCUUUAUGCUAUAACAUAUUUAAUGAGUAUGUGUAUUUAUGUUUCAGUGAUCUCCAUGUCUGUAUGUAGACUAAAACAUUCAUGGCUUUGGCAAGUACUUUUGUAUUAAGCUUGUAUGUGACAAAACAUAGCAUCAAUCGGCAAUUAGGUGUUACAAGUCAAAGACACUGAUUUCUGGGAGAAGAAUUGUUGGUGGAGAGAGCGAACUUAUCAACAAACAAUUCUCAUCAUAACUUGAAGUAAUGGCUACUGUUUUCCCACCUCCUUCUGGGGGUCAAGCUAUUAUUGAACAGUCACCAUCACAAAAUCUUCCUGGAGUACAGAGACCUAGGAACUACACUCCAUAUGUUUUUCAACCAAACUUUUUAAAGCAACAAAUAAAACAAAGAGUAAAUGAACUCAUUCCAAUGUUACCGAAUUCUGUUGCAUCAGGUGCAAACAGCGCACCGCUUGGUGACCCGUCAGAUAGAUUUCGUAAUAUGAAUUCACACAUGCCGAAUCAACCUAGUAGUUCAAACCAUACACAAGCUUCAAAUAGUAUGCAAAAUUCAUCUUCAGCUUUACCUGAUGACAUCACUGGAAGAAAAAAAAUGGGAAGGAAGGUGAUUGAUUGGACAUCAUCAUGUGCUCUUCAUUUAGAGAAUCGAAGAUUUGACCGAGACUUCACUGAUGUCCCAGAAUUAAUGCCAAAUACUUCUUUUAAUAUUGAAAUGCAAUCUGUAAUUGCAUAUAGAGGAAAUCCAGUUUCCAGUAUAACUUCAAAAUUUGUUCGAAGUGCAACAAAUAAAAUGAAAUGUCCAGUUUAUAAGGUUGUUUGGACUCCUGAUGGUCGACGUCUCGUUACAGGAUCUGCAAGUGGAGAGUUUACAUUAUGGAAUGGAACUGCAUUUAAUUUUGAAACUAUUCUUCAGGCCCACGAUUGUCCAGUCCGUGCAAUGGCUUGGUCAAACUACGAUAGUUGGCUUAUUACUGGAGAUAAUCAAGGUUACAUCAAAUACUGGCAAUUAAAUAUGAACAAUGUUAAAAUGUAUCAAGCACAUAAGGACCAAGCUUGUAGAUCAGUAAGUUUUGGACCAACCGAUCAUAAAUUUACAACAGCUAGUGAUGAUGGUACAGUAAGAGUUUGGGAUUUUUUACGGUGUCAUGAGGAAAGAAUUUUAAGAGGUCACGGUGCAGAUGUAAAACAGGUUGCCUGGCAUCCAACUAAAGGCAUUUUAGCAUCAGCAAGUAAAGAUUUACAUACACCUGUUAAACUAUGGGAUCCAAAGUCAGGACAGAGUCUUACAACAUUACAUGCACAUAAAGGCACUGUUAUGGAUGUGAAAUGGAAUCAAAAUGGCAACUGGCUUCUUUCUGCUUCUCGUGAUCAUCUAAUUAAACUUUUUGAUAUUCGAAAUUUAAAGCAAGAAAUGCAGGUGUUCAGAGGACAUAAAAAAGAAGCAUUUUCUGUCUCAUGGCAUCCAAUACAUGAAGAUUUAUUUGCUAGUGGUGGGUCUGAAGGAAGCAUCAUAUUUUGGCAAGUUGGGGAAGAGAAAGAGGCCGGUUGUUUAGAAGGUGCUCAUGAGAGCUUAAUAUGGAGUUUAGCUUGGCAUCCACUUGGCCAUGUUCUUGUUUCUGGGUCUAAUGACCACAGCACAAAAUUUUGGGCUCGAAGUCGUCCAGGUGACUCAAUGCGAGAUCGUUAUAAUUUAUGUUUACUGCCUCCUUCACAAGAAGAAAAUGUUGCAUCAAUUGCUCCUGGUUCUCUGAGAGAACAUCACGAACUAUCAAAUGAAGUGCCAGUAAUUCCAGGUAUGGGUGAUGCUGAUGUUGCUGCUGCAGAUAUAGCAAAACGAGAUGAGGAAGAACAGAAAUCCGGAAUUCCUGGACUUGACUGGUCAUAUGAGGAAAAGAAUGAAUUUGAAAGAAAGCUUUCAUCGCAGUAUGAUAGAAGAAAGAUACCCUAUGCAAGACCUGUUCCAAGAGCCUUUGUUGCAGCUUGGGAAGCUAAUAAGGAAGGUGCUCCUCCAGAUCGACCAAGGUCACCUCGUUUCCACGACAGAGAUAGAGACUUUGGAAGACAUCGAUGGCGGGACAGGUUCGAUGAUCGGCCUAGGGACAAACCUGGUCGUGAUUUUCGCAACGGACCUAAAGACUCAGAUAAAAGUGACGAUGACGGUCGAAUUUUUGUUGAUGGUUUUGAAGUAACUGCUGAUUUUGAUCCUGAUAAAAUCAAAAGCAUUCAAGCUAAUUCUGAAAACAGGAGACUUAGUCCUGACAGGGGCCCCACAGAACGCCCUGGGCAUGAUCGAGGUAUUAGAGGUCCAGAAAGGCUCAGCCCUUAUCGAGAAGGCAGGGGACCAGGGCCCUCAGGCAAUGAUUUAGGUAGCAGGGGGCCUGAUCGGCCAGGCCCUGAAUUUGAUGGCCGGGGUCCUGGGCAUGAUUUUGGCGGUAGAGGGCCUGAUAGGGGCAGUCGCAAUUUUGAAAGACCUGGACCCGAUCACCUUAGACCUGACAUGGGUAGCAGAGGUCGCCUUGGGCCCCCCUCCCCUGAGCGUGCAAGAGGUGAGCGUUUUGGACCAGAAAUUGGUGGCCGGCGACCAUCUGGGCCUCCUUCACCUGAACACGCAAGGAGAAUGGGUGGAGACACGGGUCCUCCAAUGCGUAGGAUGUCACACGAUAUGCCUGAUAAAAAUCGUCUGCGUGAUGAAUUAUAUGAACAGGUUAGACGUAGCGGAAAUGAAGAAGAUAUGGCUCUCAUACGAGAACUUGAGGAGUAUGGUAUACCUUUGGAGGGUGGUUUGGAGCCCGAGAUAUUUUAUGAUGAAAAUGGAGGACCUAUUGAUCCACUCGGACAAAUGCAGAGACCUGGUAUCGAUCGGCCACUUGGUGAUGCACCACCUAGUUUAAUGGAUAUGGGCGAAUUACCAGCUAGAGGCCGUGGUAGAGGUUUUCGAAAUAGAGAAGAUAGGGGAAGAGGCCGAAAAAGGCGAGGUAGAGGUCGAAUAACUCCUCCUAGGAUGAGAAGAGGUGGAGGGCCGCCAAGGUGAUCCCACAAAGUAGCGAAAACCGAGCUGCUUGAGUGGCCAAAAUGUUCUGUUCCAAGGUAUGAUGACAAUCUGCAGAGAUGAUGCCUUUUCAUUGACAAGCUGGUAACUGUCCUUUCAGAUGCUAUCCUGCGCAAAUAAUGUCUUUUUGAACAAUGGUUCCACAUAAAAAAUGUUCCAUGGUGUUUGAA